AUGCGGCUGCUGCAGUCAAUCCUGCUGCUGCUGAUGCUGGUCGUCACCUGGUGCUGCGGGCCAGAUAUUGCUGCUGCUGCGCGAAUCCUACUGCAGCAGCAGCAGCAACAGGGGGCCUCCACGGGCAUCAGUAGUCCAACCGCAGCAGCAAGAGGGAAAUUGGUGCAGCAAGCAUUCCUGCAGCCCCCAGCAGCAGCAGCAGCAGCAACGGCAGGAGCAGCAGCCAGCAGCCGUCUAUCAAAGCGCUGUAGUCACUUCCUUGGACCCUCAUCAGCACGCUUAACAACAGCAGCAACAACAGCAACAGCAGCAACAGCAGCAGCAGCAACUGCUGCUGCUGCUAGUUAUUCUGCUGCAGCAAAGGGCAGUCCAUGGCGGGCCUUUCACCACACGCAGCUAAAUGCAGGAAAGGACUACAGCGCACCAGCAGCAGCAGAAGCUGGGCCUGACGCAGAACCACCAGCCGCAGCGGCAGCAGCAGCAGCUGCAGCAGAAGCAGCAGCAGCAGCAGCAGCAGAAGCAGCAGCGGCAGAAGCAGAAGCAGCAGAAGCAAAAGCAGCAGAAGCCGAAGCUGCGACAGCAGCGGCAGAAACAGAAGUAUUAGAAGCAGCAGCGCCAGAAGCAGCGGCAGCAGAAGCGGCACCAGCAGCCGCAGCAGCACAGGCAGCGGAAGCAGCAGCAGCAGCAGCAGCAGAAAGGGCAGAAGAGGAAUCCAAGACAGCUUUUGUGUUGGACUCCUCUGUGUUCCGAGGCGCCAAUCCUUUUGCUGCUCAGCCUCUAGGGGACCAGGACAUCAUGCGCGGCUACGACAGGUGA